GGAGACGCGGGCAGAUGGGGAAGCCUGAGGAGGAGAAGGGCAGCUCGGCGCGGCCCGGGAGUGGCUAGACUGGCCCUGCAACCACCUGGCUAACAGGGCCUUGGUCCUGGCAGGCUUGGCUCCGGAAGACCCGUGUGGCUCACUGAAGGAUCUUCCAGGCCACCUGGGAUCCGAAUUCAGUUCAACAGAUGUUCUCCAACCUGCCCCUGCUCUGCACUGGCCUCUGCGUUCGCUGCAGGAACUCAGAUGAACCAGGCACCAUUUCGUGGUGCUCUGGAAGCAGCUGACUGUGGGGGAGACAGGGGGAGGAGUCACAGAAGUCUUAUUUGAUUUGGGCCUUAAGGGAGCCAAAUCACUAGCUGGAAAAAAGAACUGGAAGCGGGAAUGUAACGUGCAAAGGUGUAUUCGGGUCUUCUUGUCUAGGCAAUGGUGAAAAUCUAAAUAUGAAAAGAGCUUCGAUAAAAAAGAGAAUUAAGAUAAAGCCAUAAAGGCGGUUAGGGCCAAAUCACGAAGGAUCUUGUAUUUGCUAAGAAGGUUAGGCUGUGCUGGAGGUAGAGGAGAGCAAUGGCGGAUUUAAAGCAGGAGAGAAGAAAAAAGAAAAAUUGUGACCAUGGCUGCUGAGUCUGAUGUUCUACACUUCCAGUUUGAACAGCAAGGAGAUGUAGUCUUGCAGAAAAUGAAUCUCUUGAGACAGCAGAAUUUAUUUUGUGAUGUGUCAAUUUAUAUUAAUGACACUGAGUUCCAGGGGCACAAGGUGAUUUUAGCUGCUUGUUCCACUUUCAUGAGAGAUCAGUUUUUACUCACACAGUCAAAACAUGUCAGAAUCACCAUCUUGCAGAGUGCAGAAGUUGGCAGAAAAUUGUUGCUCUCUUGCUAUACUGGAGCACUUGAAGUUAAAAGGAAAGAGCUUUUGAAAUACUUGACUGCUGCUAGUUACCUUCAGAUGGUUCACAUUGUGGAAAAGUGCACAGAAGCCUUGUCAAAUUAUCUGGAAAUUGAUCUUUCUAUGAAAAACAACAAUCAACAUAAUGACCUGUGUCAAUCUUCUGAUCCUGAUGUUAAGAAUGAAGAAGAAAAUUUGGAUAAAGACUGUGAGAUAAUUGAAAUUUCAGAAGAUAGUCCUGUAAACAUAGAUUUCCAUGUUAAAGAAGAGGAAAGCAAUGCUUUACAGUCUACAGUAGAGAGCUUGACAUCAGAGAGAAAGGAAAUGAAGUCGCCAGAGCUGUCUUCAGUAGGUAUAGGUUUUAAAGACAAUGAAAUUUGUAUCCUCCAUGUGGAAUCUAUCAGUACUGCUGGUGUAGAAAAUGGGCAGUUUUCACAGCCUUGUACCUCUUCAAAAGCAAGCAUGUAUUUCUCUGAAACACAGCAUUCACUGAUCAAUUCUACGGUUGAGAGUGGAGUGGCAGAAGUUCCUGGAAAUCAAGAUCAGGGCUUAUUUUGUGAGAAUACCGAACGAAGUCACGGUACAGUGCAUGAGAUUCAGAAUCUGGAUGAUGCUUAUUCACUGAGGCACCAGUGCCCUAGGUGUCCUCGAGGAUUUCUUCACGUUGAAAACUAUUUGCGCCACCUUAAGAUGCAUAAACUGUUCUUGUGCUUACAGUGCGGGAAAACAUUUACACAGAAGAAAAAUCUCAACCGGCACAUUCGAGGGCACAUGGGCAUAAGGCCCUUUCAGUGUACAGUGUGCUUGAAGACAUUUACUGCUAAAAGCACACUUCAGGACCACUUGAACAUACACAGUGGGGAUCGACCAUAUAAGUGCCACUGUUGUGACAUGGAUUUCAAGCACAAAUCUGCCCUCAAAAAGCAUUUAACCUCUGUCCAUGGCAGAAGCAGUGGUGAAAAACUACCCAGGCAUGAUCUCAAAAGGCAAACUGUCCUAUAAUUAGAAUCACACCUUGUUAUGUAAGCCUUAUAUCAUUCUGUUAGGCAAGUCAUUCUAUAGAAAUGCAGCAUUUGUAAUAUUGCAUUUCCCCGCCAUCUUUUGGUCUUCUUUCUGGUCUGCCUACACAUGGUAUUCUUUCCAAACUUCUAUCAGUUCCAAAGUGUGGGAGACAUGAUAAAACUGAUGGGAUGCUGUCUUAUCUCAUACAUUAUAUAUAAGUCCCAGUGGUGUACCUAGAGAUAUAGUGUUCCUCUCUUAAAAUAUUCUUGGUUCUAGUGACAGAGCAUCCAGCAGUAUUUCCAGAUGCUGAUUUUGAGUCUCUAGAUAAUUGAUAUACAUGUAAAAUCCAACCAUAUAAUAACUUUAAUGAGUUCGGAUAAUGGAAAGAGAAAAUAAAUUUAAAAACACAGUUAUCCAUUAUUAGUCACUUUAAGAACAGAUAAGACUAGUGAAUUUUUUUUUUAACCAACUGCUAUUGGAUUCUGAACUAAACACCAAGGUACCUGUUGGUUUAAACUGUAAAGGAACACAAUUCAUUGUCACUUGGCAGUAGCAGAAUUUUCUACUAUGGGCUAAUAUUCCUUAAAAUAAUAUUUCCAUGAGUUGUUAGUAUAUAUAUUUUAGAAAUGAUUAAUUGGAUCCUAGUUUCCUGAUUUUAUUUAAUACAGUUGCAUUUAAUAAUUUUAUGGCCAGUAAAAUUAUAUCAUUGGCACAAAGCUCUGAAAAAUUACUUUUCUUAGAAAUCCCAACUUUAUGAAAGAUAUUUGUUCUACUGUUUUUUAAAUUUAUUUUAUUUUUAGUUAACAUAUAGUAAAAUUGACCUUUGUUUCUGGUGUACAGUUCUAUGAAUUUUAACACAUGAAUAGAUUUCUGCAUCUACCACUGCAAUCAGGAUACAGAACAUUCCAUCACCCCCCAAAACUCCCUUAUUCUGCCCCUUUGUAGUCCUACUCCUAGCUCUAAACCCUAGCAACAGUUCUCUAUCACUAUAAUUUUGCCUUUUCUGGAAUGUCCUAAGUGUAAUCUUACAGGAUGUUCCCUUUUGAUGCUUUUUUCACCCAGCCUAAUGCCUUUGAGAUUUAUCCAUGUUGUGUAUAUCAACAGUUCAUUCCUUUUUUUAUUUUGAAUUGGCAAUAUAUAUUAGUUUUCUUGCUGUCACUAGAUGAACAGUUUAAACAUGGGCAGCUAUUAGUAUUCUCUUAAUUAUUAAUAAUAACUUUUUUCAUUUACAUUAUUGCAAUUUUCAUUCACUACAUGUUGAUAAAAAUCCUAACCAUUCCUAGAGUUUUAUUCUUUAUUCCAGAAAUGUGCCAUAAUCAAAACCCUGAUGUAUGGUUAUUUUACUGAGAGUAAUAUUUCAGAUUGUGUUAUAAGCUCUCACUCCCCAAUAUUCCUGUCUACAUAUAACACAAAACUAUUUUUGUUGUCAUAACAAAGAUUCAAAUAUAUUGCAGGACAAAUCAUAUUCUCUAAAACACAGGAACCACUUUUACUAAAGAAGCCUGACUGGAUAUAUCUUACUUUCAAGAUGUUUUAUCCCUCCUCUACUCACCUCAGCUUUAUGUAGAAUUUCUGCCAUAUUUAGUUUCUGUUGAAACCCUUGCAUAUUUUAAAAGGUAAUAUACUUUGUACCAUUUAUAAGAAUUUUGUGAUGAGUCACAUGCUGAUUGUUAUAAAUGUUAAAUAUCCUUUUUGUGAUACUUUUGUGAAAAAUUCUCCAUAGAAUUUUAACUCUGGGAGAGACUUUAAAGAAUCUAGCUCUCAUAUUUGAUAAGAAAACCAACUUCAUGACCCCUAGGUCACUAGUUAGUGACAUGGGGCAGGUCACCUCUCUUUGAGCUUUUCUUAAAUUUAUAUGUAAAAUAAUAACUUUGAUCUUGAUAAUUUGUAAGAUCAUUUUCAGGUCUAAAAUUCUAUGAUUUUGUAUUUAAAUCUUCCUGAGUUCCUAAGAACAGAGAAGAGGGGAAAGCAAGAGAGGAGAAUUUUAUGUCUUUAUGAAUGUUGCUUUUUGAGUACUCCAUUGGAGACAGAAUUUUUCUAAAUAGGGUUUUUCUUCCACUGGAGAACAUGGUAACUCCACGCUUAAUUUUCUUUCCCAUUUGACCUAUGAUUGGCCAUUGGUAGGCAUGAAAAUAUUCCUCUUUCAGAAAUAGUUUGUGAUUGAAGUACUUUUCUUAUUUUUGCUUCCUAGGAUGAGAUUUUGUGGGGGAGGGAUGGAGAUGGGAGGGGAGGGUAAAAGAAUAGUUUUUGGUUUUUUAGGAAUUGAUAUCUGCUAUCUUUGAUGUUUGAAAAAAACUAUGGUUGAACUAUGUUUUAAGUUUUAUGUUUGCCUUGUAAGAUUCUUGUGAAAUAUUUUGUAAGCACUUUGAGAUUUUUGUUUGCGGGGAAGGGGUGUUUUGUGAAAGUGAUGGCUAUUAUUUAUUAUUAUUUAUUCUUGUUCAGUAGCAUCGAAUGAUCUCAAAACAUUCCUAGGAGUGUGUCUGUUUGCAUGAUGUGUCUAAACAGUUUCAGGAAAAUGGAGUCUUUUUUAAAAUGCAGGUAUGGCAAAGUAAAGUGUCAAAUGUAUUCAUUUAAAACAUUCACUUUUAGUUGUUUGUCUUUCUCAUGAUGGAAAAAAUGCAGUGUGUUUGAGUUCUGCCUGUUCAUUUACUGCAUUUAUGUGUAAAAGAUCUAGGAAUGGUAGUUGUUACUUUGGUGUAAAAGAAAAUCUCUGCCCUUUUUCCUUGGAUGUAACUAUCCUAUAUGUUUACAUAAGAAAUAAUAAACUGGAGAUGGGAAUGGA